AUGCGGCGAUUGAUUAUGCUAUUCAUCUUCAUACUCUUGAUUGAUUAUGGUUAUACACUUCAUUGUAUACAAUGUGAUAAGCAUAGUGGAUGGUAUUCGGAGGAAGAGCAUGAAAAGCAUGUAGAAGCUUGUCAACAAGCUGCUAUUGUUCCAACAAAAUGUCAAAAUGCCAGCCAUACUCAUUGCAUUGUUAGUUGGUAUCGAAAUGGUGGUGAAUCAAUGCGGACAGUUACCGAAAGGAAAUGCGGAGGAGCUGAAGAUAUUACUGGAUGUACACUUUACAAUUCAAAAAUUGUACAAAAGAAGGUCAGAAGACAUUUGAUCAACAGGGAUACUGAUUUCAAUCAAGAGCAGCCUAAUGUGAUGCGCGAAAGUGCCGUCAUAUUUGUUGAAGUGUGUAGCGAAUCGUGUGCAAUGGGAGAUUGUGUGAACUACUCAUCUACACACAUUCUAGCAUUCUCAUAUAUGCUAUCUCUAUUAGCAGUAAUAUUAUAA